AAUUAGAAAACAAAUGUUUUUGAUUUCAUAGUUUUCUCACUCUUGUGAUUAAGACUUUUAAUCCACUCUCAAGUAAGACAACUGUAGAAAUUGCGAAUAAGAUACAUUAUGUUUGAAGUGGUAUUCACUGUUUUAUCAUCAAUAAGUCUAGAAAUUAAAAAUGUAAUGAUUUACUCAAGCAAUUCUUCUCUUUAUUUUAUGAUUAUAUUGUAGUGUGCAAUAUGACUGUAAACGUGAUGCCCUCUGGUGGUGGCUUUAACACAAUAGCACUGCUGGGUGUUGCCUUCAAAGUCGGCUCUAAUCGUGGUGAUUCAGUAACUUUGUGGGCGUGUCUGUGUGUUUGUGUCACUGAUAGUUUCAGUUUCAUUUCAUCUGUUGAGGGACAGCAGAGGAGGAAUGGAGAGGAAAAGAACCCGGGGAAGAAUAUUUGUUGAUGAAGAAGAAGAAGAAAAAGAAGAAGAAUUUAUGGACAGGAAAAGCCCAAGGAAAAGAAAGAGAGUCAGAUAUAUUGAAGAUGAUAAGGAUGAUGUUGAGGAGGAUGAAGAAGAAGAAGAAGAAGAAGAGGAGGAAGAAGAUCAGGAAGACAAUGAGCAGCCAGGCACAUCCGCUGAGAACACCCACAACCAGAGAGCACAAGAAAACGGAUUCUUGUCUGUAACCUGUGGAAACAAAAAGGGCAUUCUGCAUAUAGAUAAGUUCGAAAGGGGUGAGGCAUGUAUCGAGAGUGGGGACCACUGGUUUGAUCCUCCUGACUUCGAGGACUUUGGGGGGAAAGCCUCCAGUAAAAAAUGGAAACAAACUAUUUCCCAUAAAAAUAAGCCUCUGCAGUUUUUGUUUGAUAAAGGAUCCUUAACAACCAAGGGAUUUAAAAGGAGAAGAAGUGAGACUAUAAAGCAAAAAAAAAUCCUGUCACGUAAUUGCAUCACGAGUUCAUCUGAAGAGUCAGAAAUACAGUCCGCAGAAGAAACUGAGGAAGAUGAUGUUAAAGACGACAACUGGAGUCCAGGUAGUGAGGAACCGGCACCGGAGACAGAGGAGGAUGAGGGAGAAAAGGCAGCGGCUGAAAAUGGAGGAGAAGUUGUCGACUCAGGAGAUGACGAGAGUCAAGAAGGGGAAAUGGAAGAUGACGAUAUGCCUGCUGUUGCUGAGAACGGCGAAGACAACAGUGUUUUUGAAGAAAGGGAGACAAAAUCGAUCACUUCAACACCCAAGAAAAGAACAUCAUUAAAGAAGGAAGUAAAAGUUGUCAUCAAAAGGCUUCCAGAGGCCACGAGAGGUUGUCAGUCCAAUGGAAUAAAGAAUCUACUAGAAGGUUUGUAUUAACAUAAUAAUUGUACUUUAAUAUGUUGACAGACCAAAGUCAGGAAAGCUAAUUCCACA